AUCUGUCAUCUUUCAUCUUGCAUUGUUGAAGUUGUCAGAUAAUAAAUAAUUUCGCCAUAAACAAUGUUUCCGCGUUAAUUAACAACUUUGUUUCUACAUAAAUCAAUACCUAAACAUUUCACGAUGUCGCCAAUGUUUAAAUAUAUCCUGAUUUUUGCUUUGUGCGCGUCUGUACACUCCCAACGUACCAAAGACAAGAUGUACGAUGAAGUCGACGGAAUAUCCGCUUGUUUUCGUCGAUUGAAUGGCACACACCAAAUUGGCUGCUCAUCCAAACGAGAUGGUUCAACUGGUGUGAUCCACUUUGUUGACUCGCCAAGUGAUUUAAACUUUGUUUUGGAUGUCAAAAAUGGUUUAGACUACAUCCCAGUCAUCCCAAUUGAGUUAUUCACUAGAGAACUCAAUAGUAAACUACAGCUGCUGGACCAUAUCAGUGGUUUACUAGUGUAUAACAUUGAAAAUGAACAAAAAUUGCCUGUAAAUCACUACAGUCCUGAUUUAAAGUGUCCGAAUGAAGGUAGUAACAUCCAAGGCACUUGUGACACCAAAUGGAACUUCUUUGGUAACAGUCUCCUGGCUGAAGACUUCAAAUUCCCGGUUUUUUACUUGGAUAAAGAGAAAGAAGUGAAAAAAGUCCGCGAUUGCUUCGGAAAGUUUAAUAAUUUCAGUUUUGAUGAGCAUACAAGUCGUUCUCUAUGCAGUAUUGAACUUCAGAGCUUCAUGUUUGCUGCCUAUGACACACCUACAUGUUUAAGACGAUCGCAAUCCGUUGUAAACAUGAAUCCGAUGAAGUUUUGUGAUGCUUUGGGUGAUCAGAACGUGUGGGCAUCGUUGUUUCCAAUUGGGAAUUCAACUCUAUCGCCUGCUGUUGUUUUGAAGAGUAAUAUCAAGCAGAUUUUGGUCGUUAGUCGCAUUGACGCCACUUCGUUGUUUUAUAAUUUGGAACCUGGUGCGCAGAGCGCUGUCACGGGGAUGGUAACGUUACUAGGAGUUGCUGAACUGCUCAAGAGGAUGUUACCCACCUAUGAAGAUUAUGAUCGAAACGUUGUCUUCAUCCUCUUCAACGGCGAAAGCUUCGACUACAUAGGCUCCCAACGCAUAGUCUACGACAUGAAGAAAGGCGAAUUCCCCCGUUCUGAAUACACAUCAACCACCGAACACUCCAACCCCAUCCGCUUCGAAGACAUCGACACCGUCUUCGAAAUCUCCCAAAUCACCAACACACCAAAACUCCACCUACACCUUCUAAACGAACCCGAACAAAGUGAAUUCCUCAACAUAUUAAAAAAGAACCUACUAAACAUUGAAAUACACACAGACACCAUCCCACCCACAUCCAUCCAAUCAUUCAUAAGAGAAAAAAACGCACCCAAGAGUCUUGUGCUUACAGACUAUGCAACCAACUUCACAAAUGCAUACUACAACAGCAUCUACGACAACUCAAACAAUAUAAAAUUUGUUUAUCAAAACAUAACCAAUGGAGACGAUGUAGAUACACUCCCAAAAGACAGUAUACAGGUAUUUAUCGGUGGAGUGGUUGAUGGCAUAGCUAAAACACUCUACGAAGCAGUCACUAAGAGAGAAUAUAAGGGGACGGAACGUUAUAACAAAUAUUACAUCAAUGAAUUGUUGCAUUGUUAUCUUGAGUCGGCAAACUGCAGUAUACACAGAGCUCUGCGAAAAGGCAGCUUCCAACCAGUACCUUUGAGUUUAUAUGUUGGUGUCACUGUCAGUUCCAACAUUAUGACGAAUUUAUUAGCAUUGACAUUUGCAUUCUUCAUGGGUGAUACGAUUGGAAAAGGUGCUUGUCCUGCGAACAUGUCUUCACAUGUUUAUUAUCAUUUCAACAUGUCGCAGAGUGUUUUACAGAGGAAUGAGACACAGUGUUAUAGGAUUUCGAUGAAUUUGACUGAUGCGGAGAGUCCGGCGUUUUUAAUCGAUGGAUAUGAUUGGACUUCUGGUGAAUAUUCCUCAUGGACUGAAAGUGUCUGGAGGGAGUUCAAUGUGAGAUUAUUCCUGAAACCAGCCCGUGCGCAUGAAAUCAUGACUCUGGUCGUUGGUUUAGUUGUGUUUCUGGCGUCGAUGGCGAUUACUCUGUGUAUCAAUAGGAAGAAGGAUGUUUUGUUUGAGAAUAUUACUACUACCACACCACCAGCAAACUGCUAAAUGGCUAAAACCUUGGGUUCUCUUGUGAUAUUGACAGACAGUGUCCAAAUUUUCUACUAAAGACUUAAUUGAUUCCUUUUACAUUUAAUUAUUAUUGGUUUGACUUGUAAUGCGUUUGUUCAUGUAUUAGUAUACAUAUUUAUAUUUCCAAGUUUAAAAUACAUAACUUAUUUCUAACUAAAA